GCUCUUAUAAAUGAAGAAAAGCUCCGCCAUAACCUCUGCCUGUUAACUAUUUGCCUUCUGGGCCUGCAGUCUGACAAUGAAGGGGCGUGUCAGCCCUGGUGGCGCUGGCCCUUUAAGGCUUGUUGUGGUUUCCAUGGCAGCAGAGUGUAACUCUCAUCAUGUAUGUGGUGGACUACCCAGCGCGAGACAAGCGGCAGAGCUCAGGUUCCCGGCCGAUGAUUUGACAACAUGGAGGAAAGUUAUCUGAUCUGCGCCUCGGAGAGCCUUGUACUUGACCACGGGCGCUCGCUGGGUAAUCGUCGGGCGGCGGAGCUCGAGAAACUUGUCAUUUUAUGUUUAAGCAAACAGCUCUUAAGACAAGUGGAGGUGCUGGAGGCCUGCGCCGCCCUGAGGGCCUGCUCUCUGGCUAACAACUACAUCACAGACAUCACCGCGCUGAGAAACUGCGCACAGAUCGUAACGUUAGACUUGCACGGGAAUCAGAUUCAGAAUCUUCCAGGUCAGGAGUUCUGGAGACCAUUAAAGAACCUGAAGCUGCUGUAUCUGCACGACAACAGGAUCAGAAGUGUGGACAAUGUGGAAUCGCUGUCCUCCUGUCCCAGUCUCGCUGGACUGACGCUGUAUGACACGCCGCUGAGCCUGCAGAAGAGUUACCGGCACAUAGUGGUCAAUAGCAUAUGGUCGUUGAAAGCCUUGGAUAAAUUUGUGGUUUCCGAUGAAGAAAUCAUUGAGGAUUGGAGCCUCCAGGGAAAGUUCAAGGCUCUUAGUCCUGAUUUACGCAUCAACAUGUCACCGGUGUCUAGCAAGGAUAUCAGCCUGGAGAAUGAAAUGAAAGCAGUGAAUGAAAUCAUUAGGAAAAUCAAUCGCGUUCUGGCAAGUUGCUCCCCGGUGCUAAUUGUCCAGAAAUGGAUACGAGGAUAUUUAGCGCGAAGGAGAAUGGGCCUUAUUUCUGGGCUGGAGAUGAAGAGGAUGAAAUUACAUUACCGGCGUAGAGGAAGCCGGGAGAACAGAGCGAGCCCUCUUGUUAAGGCUGUAGUGAUACAUAACUUUUGGGACCCUCCAUCGAGCCGCAGAAGACUUCCUGUGAUUAAACAGGGCCAAAAUGGAAACAAGCCCGUGAGAAGAGUAAACAGCACCCCGGACCUGCAGCCGGUCAGGCAUAUUACAGUGGAUCUGUGGAAGCUACAGCGCGAUGUUCUGCAGGCUUUGCCCGAAGCAGAAAUUGUUUAUGAUCUGCAGAACCAAAAUCAGCAACCACCACCUCCUCCUACAGCAGAGGGUUUACAGGGAGGAAAAAGAGCCAAGGACGGCAAAUUUACAGCUUUCAAACAAGACUACUCUAAGCUACAACAAAAAAGCGAUUCCGAAAUUGGUCUUUUGGGAACAAAAUCCAUCUUCUAUGAGUCAGACCGAUCAAAAGAUGUUCUGAUAUCCAACGAAAACUCAGCAGAAGACAUCCGAUGUUCCAUUGAGCAAAUCCACUGGGCUUUGCAGGCAAAGAGAGAAGCCGCAAAUCUAAAAGAUCGGCCUCACGUCAGACCAACCAGAGACGACAGACAUUUAAUUAAGCUGUUACCCUUGUGCGCCGUAGACAAAGCUUAUGAAAAUCGUGAGAAUUUUGACACUCAAAUGAAAAAAAGGAAUCUGGUGAUGAAGAUGCAAGCUGACAGAAAACAAGCAAAGUAUAACAUCGAAGAGUUUUUAGGAGGCAAAAUCAAAGAGGCCACAGACCAAGAGGAGAUGGACUCUCAGACUCUACAACGACAAGUGCAAGGCAACUUCUUGGACGACGCUAACUUUAUCGAGAAAGUCAAACACAGGCACAGACUGUUCUGUAAGCAAAAGAAUGCAAAGAGGUCAGAAUACCUACUGGCCAAAGAGUUUAAUAUCCACCACUUGUCUGUCUCAAAGACCUUAGAGAGACAUGAUCGAAUGGUCCGAAGCCAGGAGAAGAUGCAGGAGAAAGUCAGACAUGUGCAAGCUUUGAAAGAAGAUCAUGAAAGGCAAAAGGAAUUCACAAGAUGUCUCCAGGAAGAUAGGCAGCUGGCGCUCCAGAUUGAAAGCGCUUUCCAAAAGGUUACGCUGGGGUCUCUUGUUCUGGAGAAAGCUAAUGACAGGUUACACGAAGCCCGAGCGCAUGUCGCCACCAUGAAGGGUCAACGCGUCACAGCAGAACCUAUGUCUAAAGUGCCCGUGAUACAGACGGUUUCCAAGGGGACUCCACUAGAACAUGGCUGCACUUAA